AUGGAGGAACGCGUGGCGAAGCUAACUGACCUCAGUUUCAAGAAGCCGAUGAUCCGCCUGAACCCGGACAAGUUCCGCACCUUCAUCGGGGCGAAGGGCGUCGGUCAGCCGGCCCGGAACUACUCCUUCAUCGUCAUGAUGACCGCCCUCUCGCCGAUGCGCCAGUGCUCCGUCUGCCGCUCGGCCGCCGACGAGUUCGCCAUCGUCGCCAACAGCUGGCGCUACGGUCAGGGCUUCAGCAAUUCGCUCUUCUUCGGCCUGGUCGACUACGACGAGGGCGCCGACAUCUUCAGCGCCCUGGGCCUCAACUCGGCGCCGGUCUUUCUCUUCUUCGGCGAGCGGGCCGCCAAGUCGACCGGCUUCAGCAUCCGCUCCGCCGAGCAGAUGGACAUUCAGCGGAUUGGCUUCGCCGCGGAGACCGUCGCCCGGUGGGUCUUCGAGAAGACGAACAUCAGCGUGAGGGUGGUCCGUCCGCCCAACUACACCGCCUCCUUCCUUCUCCUGGUGCUCUUCUCCCUGCUCUCCGUCCUCCUCUACGUCCGCCGCAACAACCUCGAUUUUCUCUACAAUAAGACCUCUUGGGCGCUGAUUGCUCUGUCAAUCGUCUUUGCGAUGACCUCCGGUCAGAUGUGGAGCCACAUUCGCAGCCCGCCGCUGCUGCACCGCUCCAACAAGGGCAUCAGCUACAUUCACAGCGGCAGCAGUGGCCAGUUCAUCAUUGAGACGUACAUCAUCUUUGCCGUCAAUGCGGCCAUCACUGUGGGACUGAUCUUCCUCAUUGAAUCGAUGAAACAGGGCGGCAAGGCAAUUGACCAAAAGAAGAAGAAAU